GCAGAGAGCUUCAUUUUCUGAUCUGCUUUUGUGCUAAAAUGGAGGCUGGCCUCUCGCCCUGAGUGGAUCGCCUUCCUGGUUGAGGUUUAGAUGUUGACAUGCAAUAAAGCUGGAGACAGGAUGGUUGUGGAUGCACCUAAUUCCAAUGGGCCUUUUCAGCCGGUGGCUCUUAUGCACUUCAGAGAUGUGGCCCCGGCAGAGCAGGAGAAGCUCUUCAUCCAGAAGCUACGGCAGUGCUGUGUUCUCUUCGACUUCCUGUCCGACCCGCUGAGUGACCUAAAAUGGAAGGAAGUGAAGCGGGCGGCGCUGAGCGAGAUGGUGGAGUACAUCACCCACAACAGGAACGUCAUCACAGAGCCCAUCUACCCAGAAGUGGUGCACAUGUUUGCGGUGAACAUGUUCAGAACAUUGCCUCCAUCGUCCAACCCUACUGGAGCGGAGUUUGAUCCGGAGGAGGAUGAGCCCACACUUGAGGCGGCGUGGCCACACCUCCAGCUCGUCUAUGAAUUCUUCCUUAGGUUUUUAGAAUCCCCUGACUUUCAGCCUAACAUAGCAAAGAAAUACAUUGACCAGAAAUUUGUAAUGCAGCUCCUAGAACUAUUUGACAGCGAGGAUCCAAGAGAGAGAGACUUCCUCAAAACGACCCUCCACAGGAUUUAUGGAAAGUUCCUGGGGCUGAGGGCGUACAUCAGAAAACAGAUAAAUAACAUUUUCUAUAGGUUUAUCUAUGAGACAGAGCACCAUAAUGGCAUAGCUGAACUACUGGAAAUACUUGGAAGUAUAAUCAACGGAUUUGCCUUACCACUCAAAGAGGAGCACAAGAUUUUCCUAUUGAAGGUUUUAUUGCCUCUGCACAAAGUCAAAUCACUCAGUGUCUACCAUCCACAGCUGGCCUACUGUGUGGUUCAGUUUUUGGAGAAGGACAGCACUCUAACCGAGCCGGUGGUGAUGGCUCUGCUGAAGUACUGGCCUAAGACACACAGUCCCAAGGAGGUGAUGUUCCUCAACGAGCUGGAGGAGAUCCUGGACGUCAUUGAGCCGUCUGAGUUUGUCAAGGUGCAGGAGCCGCUCUUCAGACAGCUGGCCAAGUGUGUGUCCAGCCCCCACUUCCAGGUGGCGGAGAGGGCUCUGUACUACUGGAAUAACGAGUACAUCAUGAGUCUUAUCAGUGACAAUGCAGCAAAGAUCCUACCAAUCAUGUUCCCUGCCCUGUACCGCAACUCCAAGACCCACUGGAACAAGACCAUUCAUGGCCUCAUCUACAAUGCUCUGAAGCUCUUCAUGGAGAUGAAUCAGAAGCUCUUCGAUGAUUGCACACAACAGUUCAGGGCUGAGAAAAAUAAAGAGAAGGCCAAGUCAAAAGAGCGGGAAGAGGCUUGGAUCAAGAUUGAGAACCUUGCCAAAUCAAAUCCACAGUUCCUUAUGUAUGUUGAUUCCUCUGACCUCAAUAGUCCUGUAGCAAUGGAGACGGAUGUUCCGUUGAUAGAAGAUGUUCAGAGGUUAAAAAAGACAGUUGAGGAAGGAGCAUCUCAGUUGCAGCGUGAGCAGCGGAAAGAGCGGCCUAUGGUGCGACGCAAAUCUGAGCUGCCUCAGGAUAUUUACACCGCAAAAGCCUUGGAGUCCCACCGUAGAGCCGAAGACAUGUUGACCACCCAUGAUGGACUCUAGUUCCUGUGACCUGCUGGCCCUCAGUUCAACUGCCCCCACUUACCCUCGACAGCCCCAGAGGCCUGAACAAUUGGCUCUGGACUCUGUGCGACCCCGUCCUCCUCGCCCAAGUGCGAAAAUCACAUCGGCCACCUACGAUGGACUCUUAAUCCCUCCCUCUCUCCCAUCACUCCCUCCACAAUCUUUAGUUUCUCUCAACAUCCCUGCUGCCGCUUAUCCCCUCCUGGCCCUCGCCUAUCAGCACAGCACAUUCAGCACCCUGGGCCUGUGAUCCACCUCCCUCAGAUUUCUGCUUUCUCAGGUGUUUUUAAUUUGGAGAGGAGCUGGAGUGUGAUUGUGUGUCUUUUAGCCCUUUUCACAUUCAGUUUGUUGUCAGUAUAUUUUCCCCAUCCGUACCAUCACUUCCCCUGCCUGUUGCUGAAGAUUGCUUUAUUACCCUUCCCUGCCUUCCUUUCUCUUUCCCUCUCUCCCUCCAUCUGCUCUUGCGCUCAUUGUAAAUGUGGAACCUGGGAGUACGGAUACCACAACAUCGGUUCCUUCAUUCCUUUUUGCAAACAAGUCCAUGAUGGCUUAGGCAUGGAAACAUAAGGACUGACUGACUCACUGUCAAAGGAUCCUUUCUCGGUCUCGACUUGGUUUUCUUUUCUGUCAAAGGGAACAACAAAAAUGCGAACACUGUUGGUUACAUGAACGACAAGACACUUUUCCUUUCAUCUGUUGUAUUUUUUCUUCUUCUUUUUUUUUUUUUUUUUUGCUCAAUCCCAGGGACAUCUUGUCAGUGCCAAGACUGUUGUGUUCUUUAUGUUAGGUUGUUUCAUGGGUAUGUUUUUAUCUGUGGGACUUCAACAGGGACACUCUGGCUGAAUAACGGUGUCUGUUGAAUUGCCUUUGUUUUCGGUCGCUGAUGUUUCACAAACGCUUUUCUAGUUUAGCACACUCAAGACCAACAUGAGGCCUGUCCAUAGCCUUGCAAUGUCCAGGAAGAUAGCGAGGAAGGGGGAAGUUGUCCCAUGGACAUCUGACACUUUCCACUUUAUUGUUGUUUUAUUGUGCCAUAUGCAGCUCUUUUAUAUGCUUAACUUCCUUAAGCCCACUGGCAAUAUUUGUGAAACAGAACAUAGUGAAGCAUUCACAGUUCAAACAAUGGUACUUAUUGUAUUGAAGAUUAGUAGAUGGGAAUGAGGAAGCUUGAGGUGCAUGUAUUUGCCUGCUGCUCGCCCACUUGUGUGUGUGUGUGUGGGGGGGUUCACUUGUUUUUGAGUUCUGUCUUUACCAAGUGACGAGGAAUGGAGAUUUAGGCGAUAGGGAAGGUUGGCAGAGUGGAAGAGGUAAAAACUUGGGCUGGGAUGCAGCAAGGAGAUGCCAGCCCUCAGUUAUAGAUGAUGGUUAUAUACCAAACAGAAAAUCAUGUCAAGGAAACAGAAGAGACAGGUAGAGGUGUGAGGUGAGUGCUGGUUUAUGUACAUUGAAUGAGGAUGAUUCACUUGGCAAAUUGGAUAAUGCAGUGUUCAGGUUUUUCUUUUCUGCUGAAUGGGAGAAAAGCAAAUAGAGAGAAGCUAUGGAGAAAAAAGUCAGUAAGAAGGCAUUUUUUUCUUACAGCAACCAUUAAUUAGAGAUCAUGGGUGGUUCAGAUUCUCAAUGAUGAUGAUUAACACACACAAUUAAAACAAAGGCCCAGGUGAAACUGAAAGGUGUCCCUAAAAGCACUUCUCCAAAACCUGAAGGAUGUGGCAUGUUUGUGUUGCUACCAUUUGUAACGUCGGGUUUCCAGCAUGUUUAUUAUUUUCUCUCCUUCUCACUGUGGAAGUUCUUUGGGGGUUGGGCGGUGUAAUCUCUUAAUCAGUACCAUUGUUUGAACUAAGGAGAUCUGCUAGGUUUCUUCAUAUUUGAUGUGUUGUAUUUCUUUGUCUUGUCCCUGGAGUUUUAGUAACUUGGAUGUCAGUUUUUUGGGAUUUUUUUUCGCCAUUCAGAAUGCCCAAUGCUGAAAUAGGUUGGCAUCGAAUGGCCACAAAAAAUGCCAGAUGCGGAAAAUAAACUGAUAUCAUGACUUGGCUUGUUAACUGUAUUAAUACUGUAUUUGCUUGAAUGCAAAAAGAUGUAAAUUAAAACUACCAUGUUAAACAUGUACCUUUUCCCCUGGAGGAAUGACAUUCACCAAACUGAUUUAUUUCUGUUGUCAAGGUCAUUGCAUUUAUAAAAGAGUCCUGCUUGCUAGGAGAGAUGUUUUAUGGAUUUUAUGAGUUAUGAGUCAGAACUGUUUGAGGUUCAUUUUAGUUUUGAAAAAUAAAUCAUACAUGAUUACAAGACAGCGGAUUUAAAAAAAAAAAAAAAAUGAUUUGGUGGCUUUUUCUGAUUCUGCAGGAUCUUUCUUCUAGUUUUAACAUAUUAUUUCCAAAAUAUGAUAACUUAAAGUGUCCUUUUGUAUGUGACCUGUACUAUAUGACUUCAUUUAAUAUUGUAUAUAUGAUUUACUUUGUUUCAUGUAGUGUUAUAUAUCUAGAUUAAUUUUGUACAAAUUGUCCCUCUGUACAGAAUAAAACAUCAAUAGCAAGUGAAAGAAGUCAAUGUGGCACAUACCUUCUUAUUUUCCCUUGUUGGCUGUACUUUCUGCAACAUUAGGAGAUGUUCUGCUAUAUAUCUGUUACACCCAUAUUUCUUUUUUUCUAUCUGAAUCUGCAAAGUUUCCUCCCUCUUCUAAAUAACUGACAAAUGUUCAUACCCAUUGUGUGCUCCUAUCACUGUCUUUAGUGGUGUAAAACUAUAUAGAACGAAUAAAGAGAUUAUUUGAAUUUAUAUUUUCAA